AUGGCAAAUCAAAUCUUCUUCGGGACGUUUGUCCACACGCCGGCCCUGGACCAGAUCGAGUACCUGCACGACACCAUUGUGGCGGUGGAGGCGACUGGCGUGAUCUUUGCGAUUGAGGAGCUGCCGCCGAUCGGCCGACACAACCCGGUGGCGUGGAUCCGCUCAUCGCUGUUGCCGAACCUCGGCUGGGCCGCCGACACUGCGAUCACGGCGACACGGCCGGGCCAAUUCUUCUUCCCAGGGUUUAUCGGUGCGUCCCCGCCCCCGUUCGUGCCCAUUCGUGCCUUUGAAACGUGCCAUUCUAACAAAGUCAACACAGACACCCAUCUCCACGCUUCGCAAUACCCGAAUGUCGGCAUCUUUGGCAAGUCCACGCUGCUGGACUGGCUCAACAAAUACACAUUCCCGCUCGAGGCGUCCCUGCACGACCUCGCCAAGGCCCGCCGGGUGUACGGCCGCUGCAUCCGCAAGACACUGUCGCACGGCACGACAACAGCGGCAUACUACGCCACCGUCGACGUCGCGGCGACCAACCUGCUGGCCGACCUGUGUCUGCAGGCGGGCCAGCGCGCGCUGGUGGGCCGGGUGUGCAUGGACGAGCACGCCUUCAGCCCCGACUACUACCGCGACGAGACGCCCGAGGAGGCGGAGGCGGCGACGCGCGUGUGCAUGGACCACAUUGCGCGCAUCGACCCCAAGCACACGCUGCUGCGGCCCGUGCUGACGCCGCGGUUUGCGCCGAGCUGCACCGGCGACCUGAUGGGCCGGCUGGGCCGGCUGCACAAGGAGGGCGCCUGGCCCAUCCAGACGCACAUCAGCGAGAACACGAGCGAGGUGGCGCUCGUCAAGGACCUGUUCAAGGGCAUUGUGCCGCCGUCGGCGGGCGAGGCGGACGGCCUGCCGUCGUAUGCGGGCGUGUACGACCACUUUGGGCUGCUGACGCCGCAGACGAUCCUGGCGCACGGCGUGCACCUGACGGAGGCGGAGGCGAGCCUGAUCCGCGAGCGCGGCAGCAAAGUGUCGCACUGCCCGUGCAGCAACAGCGCCAUCACGUCGGGCGCGGCGCGGGUGCGGUGGCUGCUGGAGCGCGGCAUCGAGGUGGGGCUGGGCACGGACAUGAGCGGGGGCUACUCGCCGAGCAUCUUGGAGGCGGCGCGGCUGGCGAGCAUGGUUAGCCGCCACGUGGCGAUGGGCGGCGACGACGCGGCCAAGCUGUCGGUGGAGGAGGUGCUGUUUCUGGGCACGGUGGGCGGCGCACACGUCGUGGGCAUGGGCGACCGCCUGGGCCUGUUCCGGCCGGGCAUGCUGUGGGACGCGCAGCUGGUCGGGCUGGCGCUGGUGGACGCCAGCGGCAACGCGGACGUGACGAGCGGGUUUGCGGACGAGACGACGGGCGCCGAGGCAGACGCGAGCCUCUACGAGGAGGAGGGCAACGUGGACGUGUUCGGGUGGGAGACGUGGGAGGACCGGAUUGCCAAGUGGCUGUUCAACGGCGACGACCGCAACACGAAGAAGGUGUGGGUCAACGGGCGGCUGGUGCACGACCGCAGCGCGCGGGCGGCGCAGGCGCGGGCGACCGCCAACGGGACGGCGGACAGCGCGGUCUCGGCAUAG